ACGUCCACAACAAACCCAUGUAACCAAAGUUUGGAGGGAGCGAUACAAGUUACUGGAGAGUGUUGACAUUAGUUCCGGGACUACGGGAUUAAUGAGGCAAGAGUUCGAACCCAACGUGGUGGCCAUCGAUAUAUUUCUGCGUUUGUGAUAUAUUUUUGUUGGGGAAAGAAGCGAGAAAGAGAAGAAAAAUAAGACAAAGGAACUAUCUCCCUGUAUCUCCAAGAAACCAUGUCUGUUGGAGAGGUUUUGGUGUCCCACCCUCAGAUAGCGCGAUGUAUACCCGAGGAGGAAUUGCCUUGCAAACCCUAUUGCAUGAUCAAGAACUUGGGUUUGCAUUCCUCGGCGGGACUGGCCACUGCCGGGUUUCGCACGGCCAAGUACAUCCCUGAAGAAUGGAUGCAAAACAACUAUUCGAAGUACUACCAGUCUUUCGCCGACCGGGACACGGCGGAGAACUUGCGCAACGAGUCCAAAUCUCUGAUCGUGGAGAGGGAGAAGUUGACUCAAGAUACCCAAGCCAGCUCCACCAAGAAGCUGGGCGAGAGGUUGCAAGAUAUCUUCUUCUGGAAGUCGGAGCUCAAGAGGGAAAUCGAAGACCUGCUAGCCGAGACCGAGCUUCUACUGGAGAGGAAGAGGCGGCUGGAAAUUGCCCUGGACGCCACCGAGAUAGCUAUGUUCAUCUCCACGGACAACUUGCAGAACAGGGAGAGAAGGCAAGGUCCUGACCUGGUCAAGGAUAUCGUGGAGGAUGAACUACUCAGGGAGGUUGAUCUGAAUCAGAAUGUCCAAGGAGUUUUGAAGCGAUCUUUGGAUCAGGUCAAUAUUCAGAUAAGGAAGAACAGAGAUGCCAAGGAACUUUUGGAGAUGGACUGGUCUGACAAAUAUGAAGCCUACAAAAUUGAUGUCAAGGCUGGUGGGCUCAAUAAUCAGAGCACAAAUAUUCAGUUCCAUCCAAACUCCUCCAAGUUUGAAGACAAUUCUUCUACUCCAGAGACCUGGGCCCAGUUCACUCACUGUAACAUCUACAAGGCUGAACAGGAGCGGAUGAAUUCUAUUAGCCUUCGGGCUCUGGUUGACAAUGUGCUACAGGAGACAUCCGAGGAUCUACGUGCGCAGUACGACAGAGUCAACGCUGCCUUUAACAAGCGCUUGGAAGAGCUCUAUGAUGCAAAGGCCAAGUUAGACCAUCAUCUGAGAAAGUUACUUGAACAAAUUGCAGCUCAGGAGAGAAACAUCGCCAAUCUGAAACAGGCCAUAAAGGACAAGGAAGCUCCACUCAAGGUGGCUCAAACAAGACUGUACGAGAGGACCUACAGGCCAAACGUGGAACUCACCAGAGAUCCGGCUCAAAUGAACUUGAUUUGUGAAGUUGGGGAAAUCUCGGAGUCCAUCGCACUCCUGAAGGAGAAGCUCAGGGAUGCCCAAACGUCGCUGGAAAACAUGGAGAACACACGGAUGACUCUUGAGAAGGAAAUCGCGAUAAAAGCAAACAGUAUAUUUAUUGAUAGCGUAAAGUGCUUGAAACACCGUGACCGAUACCCGACUGUAGUUAGAUUGGCAGGUUAUCAAUAAGCAAAUUAAGAGUGAACGUUUACUGUUAGUAAUUGAUAAUACUUCGAUCCUCUUCGCAUACAGAAUCUAUUCGGUACACUUGGGUAAUUUAAUAUAUAUUGGGCAUUUAGCUGAAAGCAGAACAAGUGAAGUAAAAUUACUACAGAAUCGUCACGACUUUGUCUUUGUGUCUAUAUAUCUGAAACUGACAUCAUUUUCUAUGUUAUCGCAGUCAGAAUUUUCAAAAUUGUGGUUCAAUAAACUUGCAGGAACAAGAAAGAUUUGGUUUGUAUCCUGUAUCAUCUGUUAAUGCAAAGAUUUGCUGGUUGUUUUAUUAUUGACUUCACCUCAUAUUUAGUGUUAUUGAUAAAUUCGCUGGUGUCAGAUCAUCAGUAACUUAAGCAGGAUUGAGUGGGAUCAUUUUGUGUUGUCAUUUAACUCAUUUUUAAAGUUAAAUAUUUAACGUAAGCGGUAUAGGUCCUUGUAUCAUUCUCAGUCACUUGUUUGUGUUACAACACAAGGCUAUGACGCACACUGGAUAAAUCAAUUCGAUUCUUCACUUCUUUAAAUGAGUGUUGUUUGCAAGCAGAUCAUUAAUUGCCCUUGAACAGAAUGGAUUGUUGUGAUAUUUCAGUGGGUAGUUAGUGGACAGCACUGUGGCAUAUCGAUAGAGUUGCUGCCUUGCAGUGCCAGGGAUCUGGGGUUGAUCCUGACUACAAGUGCCUAAAUGAGUCUAAAUGAAGAAAUUAGAUGAUCAACUCUCCUCUGCCUGCUCCUAAUAAUUUAUGUUAAGGUGUGCAUUAAAGAAACCAAGAAGUUCCUAUUCCAGAAAACGACUGCUCAAUGAAUCAAUUUAUUUUAGUUCUCCCCCUAACUAAACCUGUUUCUGGUAGAUGUCCAUAGAUAUUGUGUCUUUGACCUGAUAUGUUAGAGUACACUCUCCAAAGACCUGACCUGCUGAGUGUUUCCAGAAUUUUUCUUGUUUUUACUUCAGAUUUUCAGCCCUCUAUCUCCCUCUUCAGUGGAUUUAAAGACUCCCACAGGGGCGGCAGGGUGGCACAGUGAUAGUGUUGCUGCCUUGCAGCAUCAGAGACACAAGUUUGAUCCUGACUACGAGUGCUGUCUGUACGGAGUUAGUACAUUCUCUCUGUAACCGCAUGGGUUUUCACCGGGUGCACCGGUUUCCUCCCACAUCCCAAAGAUGUGCAGGUAUAAAGGUUAAUUAACUUCUGUAAAUUGUCCCUAGUGUGUAGGAUAGAAUGUGUGUAUGGGUGAUCGCUGGUUGGCACAGACUCUGUGGGCUGAAGGGCAUGUUUCCACACUGUAUUUCUAAACUAAACUAAACUAAACUGAACUCCACUCUAGCACGUAUAAAAUGGCUCAAUUUCCAUUCAUACAUGUGGACAUCUUUGCUAAUGUCCACUCUUUAUUGUUCCUCAACUGAGGAAAGAGCUAAGUUACUACAUUCAAGAAUGUGGAGUUGUACAUCAACUGGACUGGGAUAGGAUGGCAAAUUUCCUCUUUGAAGAACAAUAGUGAACCAGAUGAUUUUUAAACAACAAUCUCAUCAUCACCAUCACUGAUUCCAGUAUUCAGUUUCAGAUUUAUUUAGUUGAUCGAAAUUCUAUUCUCUAGUUCUAUUGCCAGAGAACUAAUUUCAAAUACUUUCCUGACAAACAUGACAUCCCAAGUUCUGCACUUAAUGACCAUACCCAUGAAGGGCCAAAAUCCCCAAACCCUUCUUCACCACCAUGUCCAUCCCUGUCAUCUCUAUAUGGGACCUAUGUAUUUGUACCCCUUGGACCCUCUGUUCUACAACACUCCUCAGGGCCCUACCAUUUAGAUUAGAUUAGAUUCCUUUAUUGUCAUUCAGACCUUUCAGUCUGAACAAAAUUUCGUUGCCUCCAGUCAUACAUAAUAAUAAUAAAUAACAAAACAUACAAUAAACACAAAUUAACAUCCACCACAGUGAGUUCACCAGGCACCUCCUCACUGUGAUGGAAGCAAAAGUCUUAAGGUCUCUGUCUCUUCCCUCUUUGUUUUCCCUGAGGCGAUCCAGGCCAAAGAUGCCGCCCUCCAGUCCAGCGGACGCAGCUGUAGUUGCAGGAGCUCCGGAAACAGGUCACCAACCUGUGACCUGCGAGCUCCCAGUCAUCCACUGGGCCUGCAGCCGAACCUCCGAAGUCGUGUGUGUAACACAAUUUAUUGUGAAUUCCCUCUCAACCCCAUUUCUUC